CUCUGGGGAAGGUCCCGCAGCCGCAGAAAGAGGUCCGGCCCUACGCAGGCGGUGGACGGAUCGUGGUCGCACUGUAGCGCCCCGGAGAGCAGCAGGGCCCAUGGACACCUUCAGCACCAAGAGUCUGGCCCUGCAGGCCCAAAAGAAGGUCCUGAGCAAGAUGGCGUCCAAGGCCACGGUGGCCGUGCUCCUGGACGACACCAGCAGCCAGGUGCUGGAUGAGCUGUACCGGGCCACCAAGGAGUUCACGCGCAGCCGCAAGGAGGCGCAGAAGGUGGUGAAGAACCUGGUCAAGGUGGUCGUGAAGCUGGGCGUGCUGCUGCGCGCCGGGCAGCUGGGCGGCCGCGAGCUGGAGCUGCUGGGGCGCUUCCGCCAGAGGGCCCGCGGCCUGGCCCUGACUGCGCUCAGCUUCCACCAGGUGGCCUUCACCUUCGACCGGCGCGUGCUGGUGGCCGGGCUGCAGGAGUGCCGUGACCUGCUGCACCAGGCCGCCGGCCCGCACCUGACCGCCAAGUCCCACGGCCGCAUCAACCACGUCUUCAGCCACGUGGCCAACUGCGACUUCCUGGCCGCGCUCUACGGCCCGGCCGAGCCCUACCGCUCCCACCUCCGCGGGAUCUGCGAGGGCCUCGGCAGGCUGCUGGACGAGGACAGCAUCUGACCCCCGGGCGGCGCCCAGGACUCGGCCCCACCCUGUCCCUCCAGCCAAACCCGCUGGGCCCCCCUAUCCAGCUCCUGCAGCAGCAGCUCCGAGGACCCGUGGCACCCUCCUCCCCACCCUGUGUGACAGGCAGGCGCCCAUCAGGGCCAGGUGCCUCCUGCCCAGAGCCACUGCCUGCUCAGGCCACCUGUUGUCCUCCCUCGUUCCAUGUCCCGGGCUGACCGCAGGCCACCUGCCUGCUCCCCUCAAACCACUGCGUGGGUUUCCAAAGCAGGGCUUCCCGGUCCUGGUGCUGGACACUGGUCACCCCAGCAGGUCACGGAAGGAAAGGGUGCAACGGGUCAAACUGUCCCCCAGUCCACGUUCCCCCUGGCCCUGGGAGGGGCCGCCUCUGGAAGGGUGUCCCUGUCAGCGCUGUCCCCAUAUGGGGAAUGUGGGCCCAGACGCACAAGCAAGGACAUCAGUUGACCGUGGAGGCCGAGCAAGGUGACACUUCAACAAAACAAGGUGCUGAGGACCGCCGGCCACCUCCGGGGGGCCAGGACAAAGCGCAUCCCCGACUCGGGGUGGGCAAAGCCAUCUGAGCGUGUCCUUUAAUCGUAAUUUCAUGAUGGAAACCAACAUCUUCUUUCCGGGACCGCAGGGCUGGGCGCGGCCAGGACAGCGCGGCCACACGCAGCAGGCCCAGAUCCGUGGUCAGCAGAGGCCUGGCCUGGCCGUGCACAGGUGGGGUGGGGACACCUGCGCUGCCCGCUGGGAGGCCGGGCUGUCUCCACCAGCUGUCGGGUGCCUGGGAUGGGCAACCUGGCAUUGAGGUGCCCCCUGGCUGGGCGGGCGGGGCUGACGGCACCCGGGGAGUCCGUACCAGCUGUCACCACGGAAGCAGGAGCCGCACAGGGCUCCAGAGCCUCGUCCAGGCACCGUGCCACCUGUAGAGCCCUGUAAGUGACGCCUGCUCCUCCAGACCCUGGCUCUCCUGCUGCCCGCUGCCGCGGUCAGAGCCAAGUUCAGGGUGGCCCUCGGGGCAUGGCUUCCGCUCCCCCACCCAGAGCUUUUGCUGAGAGCAGCUCCUGCGCAGGGGCCCACCCGGGUGUCCCCAAGAAGCCCCAGGCUGAACUGGACAGGCCAUGGUGGGCUGCCCCGCUGUGGCCAUGUCUGUGGCCUGGGUGACGAGUUCCGUUUCUGCCCCAUUGGUCACAUGCACGGCCGCAGGGCACGACGGGCCGCGACCUGGGGUUCACCUCAGCUCCACUGGACGCGCCGCCAGUCUGUUUUAGAGGCUGUGGCUGUCCCUGCACAGGGCACCCCUGGUCCUGUGUCCUAGGGGUGGCCAUCAGCUCUCAGCUGUCCUGCACAGGCUGCGGCAGCCCCUGCCCCAGUGUGGAGGGUCACACCUGAGGCCCUGGCGAGGGACCCUUUAGCACUGCCCCCUGGAGGCCAUUCCUGGGGUCCAGGGACCUCCUCUCAGGAGACCUGCUCCGAGACCCGCUACAGGUCUAGGGCCUCCUUGCUCUGCGUCUUCCAGGUGUGGGCAGGUGCCCCCCCAUACUCGGGCGCUACACAGGGGGACAGCAGUGUCACCUCCAGGGCUGGCCCAUGGGAGCGGGAGCCGUGCCUCAGCGGUCCUCUGCCGGCCAGCAGGGGCCAGAGGUCAGGCUGCAGGCCGGGGCCCUGUGCUGGGAGUGCAGUGCCCAAGGGGCGUGGCCAGGCAGGGGCCGCCCGCUCUCCUUUGCUGUGACCCAACUUCCAAGAACCAACCAGCCCUGGGCCAGGAGCGCGCUGCCCCAGCCCCCGUGUGUGGACACCCUGCGCCAGGGCUGGGCGAGGGGCCAGCGUCCUGUAUCCACCUGCAGUGGCGAGGCC